AUGAAUGACACGGUAACCAUCCGGACCAGGAAGUUCAUGACCAACAGACUACUUCAGCGGAAGCAAAUGGUCAUCGAUGUCCUUCACCCUGGGAAGGCAACAGUACCCAAGACAGAAAUUCGGGAAAAACUAGCCAAAAUGUAUAAGACCACACCUGAUGUCAUCUUUGUGUUUGGAUUCAGAACCCACUUCGGUGGUGGCAAGACCACUGGCUUUGGCAUGAUUUAUGAUUCCUUGGAUUACGCAAAGAAAAAUGAACCCAAACACAGACUUGCACGACAUGGCUUAUAUGAGAAGAAGAAGACCUCAAGAAAACAGAGAAAGGAACGCAAGAACAGGAUGAAGAAAGUCAGGGGGACUGCUAAGGCCAAUGUUGGUGCUGGCAAAAAGAAGGAGUAA